AUGGAUGAAAUGCACACUCCGUAUUCUUCCCUGAAGAGACUGUUAUCUUUCUUCAGUGGCUUCGUGGCUAUGUCUGGUGUGAUCCCCACUGGCCUGGGUAUCUAUGUUAAGUUCAGAGGGGCUGUCCUGACAAGGGUCCUUGGGCUGGCCUCUGCAUAUCUCCUUCACACUGGCUACCUGUGCCUGGCAAUGGGCUGCAUCAUGGUGCUGCUUGGCUUUGCUGGGUGGUAUGGAGCAAGCAAAUAAAGCAGAGGUUUGUGAGUUGGAGAAGUGGCCUUAGAACACAUCUUCGUGACCCCGAGGAAGAAUUACAGAGGUUACGAUGAGCCGGAUGACUAUUCCACAGAAUGGGACUUGGUCAUGGAGAAGCUAAAGUGCUGUUGGGGGAAGAACUACACAGAUUUUUCUGGUUACUGCUACCCUGGGAGCUGCUGUAAAUCCAUCGGGACCACAGCCUGCGACGGGCGUGACGUGUCCACAGACAUCAUCCACCAGGGGUCACUCGAGACCUUGUUGGGGGUCACCUACGGCUGUUUCCCCAAGCUCUUGAAAAUAACCAAGACUCAGAGCUUCAACUUGAGUGGGGGCUCACUUGGGGCAGCAGUGAUACAGCUGCCAGGAAUUCUUACCACUUUGCUGCUAUUCAUCAAAGGAGGCAGACGGAGCUGGGGGGGAGGACAGGACAUCUGGUCCACCUGGCUGCUGGAGAUUUUGUCUCAUUAUUUCUCUGUGGCCCUCACUGCUUUUGGAAGAGAUUGGUAA